AUGUACGUGCAUGGUAACAUGUACAGGGAGGAUGCUCUUAAAGCAACCGACAUGGUUGAGUCCAUUCUGAAGACACGAGUUUUGCCUAGAGCACAGUGGCCUAUCUUACGGUCACUCAUUCUGGCCAAGGGUUCCAACUAUGUCUUCAGAAAGACCAUCAAGUAUCCUGCCAAUGUCAACCACAGCGUAGAGACUUGGUUUUAUAUCGGUAGUAGAGAAGAUCGCGAUGUUCGAACCAAGGCUCUACUCCUGGACCAGAUGCUCCAUGAGCCAGCCUUCGAUCAGCUCCGGAUCAAGGAACAACUCGGCUACAUCGUUUUCAGUGGACCUCGAGCCUUCUCGACGACAUAUGGUUUCCGCUUCCUCACCCAGAGUGAGAUGACACCAGAAUUCCUUGACUCCCGUAUCGAGUCCUUCCUCAUGAGAUAUGCGGACACUAUGGAGAAGAUGAGUGAGACACAGUUCGAAGGUCACAAGCGAAGUUAG